AUGCUUCGCCGAGGUGCUUGGUGGAUCGUUGAGCGCCCGGGGCCGCGCUGCGCUCGGACGCCGCGCCCGCGCCGGCCUCGCCACGUCCGCCAUGCCCACGCAGGGGCUCGCGCGGGGCUCGCCGCGUCGCGCCGUCGCCGGGCUCGCCCGCCUGACCAUGGCCGCGCGAGGGCUCGCGCGGGGCUCGCCGUGGCCGGCCUCGCCACGCCCGCCAUAACCACGCGAGGGCUCGCGCGGCUCUCGCCGCGCCGCGCCAUCGCCGGGCUCGCUCCGCCGGCCAUGGCCGCGCGAGGGCUCGGGCGGGGCUCGCCGCGCCGUGCCUCGCCACGCCCGCCAUGGCCGGCGAGGGCUCGCGCGGGGCUCGCCCCGCCGUGCCUCGCCACGCCGCGCGCCGGCGGCCACGCACCUCCGCGGCGCCGCCGGCCCCACGCGCGCGCUCUCCACGCACCUGCGCAGCGCCUCGCCUCCCCUUCCCCGGCGAGAGCCUCGUAG